UCCCCGGAGAGGCAAAGAUGCUAGGGGAAGAGACGGGAAAAGAUUAUUUAAAAGUGUGGGGGAGGGGGAAAAAAGGCCGACCACGAAGGGACUCGAACCCUCAAUCUUCUGAUCCGAAGUCAGACGCCUUAUCCAUUAGGCCACGCGGUCGUUGUGCUGUAGCCCCCCAGUGAUGCUGGCAACCCCCGGCAUCGCCCCCGAGCCGCUCCCGGGCACCGCCGGAGGCCCGGUCAGCGCCUGAGAGACACGGGCAGGGGCUGCUCCAAAGUACCUCUGCACCUACUAUGACAUUGUUGACUACCUGAACAUCUCCUCUCACAACAAGCUGCACACACACAUCCUGCCCAAGAUAAACCAGGAGGAGCCUGUGGAAGUGACAAUGGAUUUCAUGCUGGUUGCAAUUCUCUCUGUGGUGGAAAAGCUCCAGACAGUCAGUUUUUACUUCGUCCUGAACCUGGAAUGGCAGAACCCUUUUGCAACCUGGAACCCUCUGGAUUUCUGUAACAUUUCUGAAAUUAUUCUGCCCAUGGAUACGUAUUGGUCGCCCCCCGUCUUCAUCUUAGAGCGAGUGAAUGGGCAAAACCCAGAGCUGAAUUACAUGGUCCUGAUGCACAACGGCAGCUUCAACUCCACCCGGCCCUUCCAGGUCACCCUGACCUGCAGUCUGAGAAUCCUCAAGUUCCCCUUCGACACCCAGACCUGCAACUUGAGCGUAGCUUCAUUCCUCUACCCAGCAGUAACAGACUUUGUCAUGAAGACGAGACGGACACCAGCUGAGAUCACGAAACAGAGCCAGAGUCUCCUUCUAACUGAUGGAGAAUGGAAGUUCACCAACCUGAAUAUCAUUGAAUACACAGAAAUGAUGGAUGACAAAGGUUUUUCUGUGGUCACCUAUCUGAUUUCCAUGGAGAGACGACCCACUCUCUACGUCCUGAACCUGAUCCUCCCAACUUGUGCUCUGUACGUGCUGGACAUGGCAGUGUUGUUUGGACCCAGCUCUCUUGAGGAGAAAAUCAACUUCCAGAUUGCUAUCAUCCUUGGCAGCUCCAUGCUGGCUGUGAUUCUCAACAACAGCCUCCCAACUUCCUCCAACAAGCCACCCAUAAUAGUGGUGUUUUUCCUGGGCACCUUCCUGCUGAUGAUCAUGGCUGUGUUAGACACCUUCUUCCUGCUGUACCAGCAGCGCAAAUCCCUGCGCUUGGACAAGGUCCUCAGAAGCUUCCAGCAAGGUAAAACAAUCUGUAACACCUUUCACAGCUUGGGUUUGGGGAGUUUUCCUGCACAUUUGCUGGAGCCAGGGUGGGUUUCCUCAGGGCCAACAGUGCCCCAGGGCAGUGUGAGCCGUGCUGGCCCCUGUGCUGACACUGCCCUUUGCUCCCUGCAGAGCCACAGCAGCUGCCCAAGAGACCCCCAGGCAAGCUGGCCAAGGGGGGUCCCCAGCUGCUGCACCCUCCCAAGAGGGCCCAGGGACAAGGGCAGCCAAGCAAGCGCCUGUGGCAGCUGCAGGAGCUGGACUCAUUCCUGCCAGUUCUGGAGAAGGUGCUUCUCUACAGCCACCUCUUCCUGUCCCUGUUCUUUUUUACUGUGAUUUCUGUAAAAUGGAGCAGCUGAACAUCAACUUUGCCCAGUGCCAGCUCAGUCAUUUUCCACCGUGUUGCUUCUGACCCCCUGCUGUAAUUUGCUCCUGCUCAAUUCAGAGCUGAAGCUGAAUAAAAUAAAACUGAAUUAAAAGCCAAUGCCACACCACAUGAGAUCUGCAU